AUGGUAUUUAUUGAACAAGAACGUCAAAUCCAUACAGACCUGAGGGGAUUACCUGUGAACAAAAUGUGGAAAGUUCUGAUAGCAUUAAGGUUUUAUGCGACUGGAUGCUACCAAUUGGUUAAUGGAGAUAUGUUUGAAUUAAGUCAGUCAACUAUUAGCCGAAUUGUAAAAGAUGUGUCUUUGAGAAUUGCCAACAAUUUAAGGGCGUGGGUCAAUUUUCCUUUACCUAAUCAAGUAGAAAUUGUCCAAAAUAAAUUUUACCAAAUAUCCAAAUUUCCUGGAGUUACAAUGGCUAUGGACUGCACACAUAUACCCAUUAGUAGUCCAGGGGGUGAACAAGCAGAAUAUUUUCGGAACAGAAAGGGGUGGAUGUCAUUGAACGUUCAGCUAAUAGUAGGACCUGAUAUGGAAAUUUUUGAUGUUGUGACCAGAUGGCCUGGAUCUGUUCAUGAUUCAAGAAUUUUCCAAAAUAGUAGAGCAUUAGAAUUAAUGGAAAACGGGCUGGUAAAAGGUAUAUGUAUUGCUGAUGGUGGUUAUGCACAAACACAGUUUGUAUACACCCCACAUCCAAAUCCAAUUACGAAUGCACAAAAAAAAUAUAACUAUUCUCAUAUCAGAACGAGGAAUGUGGUUGAGCGAGUAAAUGGUGUAUUGAAGAGUCGAUUCCGUUGUCUGAGUCGCAAGUUGGGAACUGCAAUUAAAACAUCGAACAUGCAUUUAGAUGAAGAAGAACUACAGUUUCAAUAUGAGACUGUUGAUGUUGAAGUAAUGAAUGAUGGUGGAAAUAAUGGUUUUAAUAUAAGAAACUCAUUUAUAGCUAGACAUUUUAUGUAA